ACUGACUCCAAAAGAAAAUAAAUAUGGAUUACUAGAGUUAUGACAUACAAUUGGCAACCUACGCAGUAUUCCCGUAUGUAUAAUUUCUGUAACUCCCAAGUUUCCAGCCCUAUUGCCUUCGACGUAAGAGCUACUCGAUCUCCCGACAUCCGUGAGCCGAAAUGUCCGCCGAUUUACGCUAGUUUAUCGUUGCAGAAUUUCUCUCAUUCUUACUCUCCGUCACAUAUCUCCGCACAUAGUACCCACCAAAUCCUUCAAGGAAGCCCGCCGCAUGCUGCUAAGGGAGAUUCGCCAGAUUUAUCGUGUGUUGUAUGUGGAGACAGUUCAAAUGGGAAACACUACGGAAUUAUGGCGUGCAAUGGAUGCAGUGGAUUUUUUAAACGGAGUGUCCGCCGGAAACUAAUUUACAGGUGUCAGACCAGUUCCGGAAGGUGUGUUAUGGACAAGGCUCACAGGAACCAAUGCCAAGCCUGUAGGCUGAAGAAAUGUUUACAGAUGGGAAUGAACAUAGAUGCGGUACAAAAUGAAAGACAGCCACGCAGUACAGCCAUUAUCUACCCUGAGACCCUCGUAGAGAUGGACAGUGAACGUUUAUUCAGGGAGGGACUGGUGGCCACGGUCGGGAUGGGGAUUUUCCCUCCUGUCAUGACUACCUCCCUUUCCAGCUCGGGCACGGCCUCAAGUUCAGUAUUUGGUGGGUGUCGUAAACUUGAAGGUGAUAAAGGAAAAAACGGUGAACGUUUCGCAGAUAGCUAUAGAAGAGACCCAAUCAAACCCAGUAAUCUCACCGUUGCCUUAGUAACGUCAGCAAUGCCCUCAUUUAGCAACGUUCCACUUUAUACCUGUCCAACUACUCGUCAGGAAACGAUUUAUGAGACUUCGGCACGUUUGCUUUUUGUAGCAAUCAAGUGGGCCAAAAACCUUCCUUCAUUUGUUAACAUACCGUUUAGAGAUCAGGUUAUCCUUCUGGAAGAAUCGUGGGCGGAGCUUUUCCUUCUGUGCUCCAUUCAGUGGUGCAUGCCCUUUGAGCACAGUCCUUUGUUCAUGUCCAGCGAGCACGUGCUAGUAGGCUCACCCAAUGGAAAAGUAGCACCAUCUCUCGCAGAUCUGCGCACGCUCCAAGAAGUAACGACUCGUUUCAAAGCGAUUGGAGUAGACCCUGCAGAGUUUGCUUAUUUGAAGGCGAUUGUUCUUUUCAAAACAGAUUCUCGUGGUUUGAAAGAUGCUCACCAGGUGGAGGCUCUGCAGGAUCAAGCACAUCUAACGCUCCAGCAUCACGUCAAGACGCAGCACCCUACGCAUCUAGUCAGGUUCGGAAGGUUAUUGCUGAUGCUGCCCUCUUUACGGUAUAUUCCGACAGAUAGAAUAAAAACAAUGUUUUUCCAGGGUAUGGUUGGUAACACUUCUAUGGAAAAAUUGCUGUGUGACAUGUACAAGUACUGAGAGUGAAACUAUGUAUAGUCUAAUAUGGUUUAGGACAAAUUACUACAGACUUUUAAUUAUUUUAUCUAACUUAUAUGAUGGCUUAAAAACCUUAGGCUUCGCCAAGUCAUAAUGGUCACUUCUGCCCAUGAACGGACAAAGUAAAAGAGAAAACGAUGAUUAUUUGUGAACUAUGACGACUUAUUCGAAAAUUAAAAUCGCUGCUAUCGUCUGAUAUCCGCAGUGAUCUCGUAUCUAAUUUAGUAAUGGAUAUCCAGAUGUUCAAGGAAGUGAAACAGUAUCUUGGACUCGUAAUGGUAAUAUGAGGUUACAGGUGAGUUUGCUUAAAUUAAUAUUUACUGAGUUAUUAACAAAUCAAUACUCUUAAUAAUGGUAUGUUAAUUAGUGAAUACCAAUUUUUGUUACAAAGGAUACUUGAUUUUUUCAGUUUCAGAAUUUUGGCGCAAAUCUUCACAAAGGAAUAUCUGUGCAUAACUGUUCCUAAUUUUGAACUGAUAGAUUAGAGGGAAGGCACAUAAUCAAUAGCCCACCACCAACUCUUGGACUGAAUUUGUCUAACCGAAAAGUGGGAAUUGACUGCCAUACUUUGGGGGGGGGGGGCGCAAUGACUAACGAUCCUUCGGAUUCACAGUCCAAACACACUAUCCACCAGGUACAUCCAGGUGCUUUAUAACUGUCUAUCUGGUUUAAAAAACGAGAUAUUCAGACUACUCUUCAUAAUGGUUUUUAUUAAGUUUAUUUUAUUACUUCUAAAAAAUUAUCACUGUACUAAUUGAGUUUUUAGUAGGUGUCCACGGAAUGUGUCCCUUUUUAAAGCGAUAUACUAUGCCAAAAAUAAGAUUUUUUUUCUGUUCACAAGAAACUUGUAAAAUGAUAAUUUAUUUAACAUCAUGUACUUUUUAGUAUCCCUCCAGCAGCUCAAAAGUAAGUCUGAAGACUUACAACACUAAAAAUAGGAUUUUCGAUACCCGUGAUGAGCACAGCACAGAUAGCCCAUUGUUUAGCUUUGCGCUUAACAACAAACAAAUGAUUUUUUAGUAAAUUCGACUACAUAAUGUUCGAGGCUCGUUGGCAUCGACGAAAAAUCAGUUUCCGCGGUUAAAAUUUGUUUAAUUACUUCUUGGAAGUUUCCAAACCGGCCAAAUUUAAAUCGGGACAUAUUGUAUGCUAAAUCACACUGAUUUCACUUUAAAGAAAUUAGUGCAUACGUAUGAAUAUAAAUAUUUUAUGAUUUAUAUAAUUUUAAACUCUUCCUUAUUCACAAAUUUUCCUCCGGGACCACUUGGGUUAAGAACUAGGCGUUUCCUUUAAUGUGUGUAUUUCUUUGAGGACUUGAAGAUAAACCGAUUUUACUAUAAUGUUAUUAGAAAUGUGAUGUUUAAUCUAUAUUCAUAAAAUAUUACUUGUUUUUUGUUGUUUGAUAUCUAUAUGAGAAAUAACAAAAACUUUAUGGUUAGUCCAUAGCUGGACUAGUCCGCUGGUAAGUUUACGGAAUUACAACGAAACAUUUGGGGGUUAGAUUCCCCACGAUGGACAUUGUGUAGCUUUGUACUAAGAAAAGAACCAACAACUAUAGUUAAUGGUGUAUAUUGCACUUAAACGCUUUUACAGUAACACAUAUUUAUAUAUUUCCUUGUCAAAUUUUAGGUGCAAAUUUAUACAUUUCGAAUAAAAUGGAUUAAAUGUUUUUGAUUAUUUUCAAGUAAAACAAAUGUUCUGUCCACGACUGCCCUAAAAGGGCUUUUGUUCGAUCUGUUUGUUAAUUGAAUUUCGCGCAAAAAUACUCGAGAGCUAUCUGCGCUACUCAUCCUUAAUCUUGAAAUGAUAGAAUAGAAGGAAGGUAGCUAGUCAACACUGCCCAUGGCCAACUCUUGUACUACCCUUUACCAAGGAAUAGUGAGAUUGACCUUCACAUUAUAACGUCCCUAUGGCCGAAAAAGUGGGCAUGUUCGGUGACAGGAUUCAAACUCGCGACCCGUAACCAAUAGGCCAUGGCAAGACGUUUGCUCGAACUGUCGUAAUAAAUUUCCCUUUCAUUCAGUUCUGUCGAGAGUUUUAAAACUUCAAAUUUUUUAACUUCCAGUUUUCACCGAUGUUUAUUUAUUUACAAGUUUUUAUUGGUAAAUACUUUGUUCAUUUCUUCUUCUAUCGAGAUAUUUCUGAAAAUAAAAGUUAUAUAUAUAUAUAUA